UCCAUUAGAAAUCACCUUAACACUCUGACAGACAGCGACAAGCCCCCGAAAGCAAAUGAGUUUGAUUUAUUUGGCCGUAAAGUCGUCGGGACCCGCACGGAGGACGUGUGUCCAGGCUGCGCUCUGUUCCUGCGGGAUGCGGCUCGCGGUGCGCGCGCUGCUGUGUUUGUGAGCCGGUCUGCGGCUGCUCCACUUUCUGCCCCGCGACACUUCCUUCCUCCUGCUGGAUAAUUUUACUCGCGUGUUGUGGUCCGACGGCCCGGGGAGAAGGAAGGAGGAGGAAAAAACCAACCCAAACAAAACAAGUGUGCUGGAUCGGCCCCCUGUCCCGUCAAGCUGCAGCAUCGGGGGAAACCGAACCACUGGCCUGAGCUGGGUGGAGCAGUGACCGCCUGUAGCAUGAUGUCCUACCUCAAACAGCCCCCCUACGGCGUCAACGGCCUGGGACUGAGCGGGGCUGCCAUGGACCUGCUGCACCCCUCUGUGGGCUACCCGGCGACCCCCCGGAAGCAGCGGAGGGAGCGGACCACCUUCACCCGCUCGCAGCUCGACGUGCUGGAGGCGCUGUUCGCCAAAACCCGCUACCCGGACAUCUUCAUGCGCGAGGAGGUGGCGCUGAAAAUCAACCUGCCGGAGUCCAGAGUGCAGGUGUGGUUCAAGAACCGGAGGGCCAAAUGUCGCCAGCAGCAGCAGAGCGGCAGCAGCGCCAAAGCCCGGCCGCCCAAGAAGAAGUCGUCCCCGGCCCGGGAGAGCACCGGCUCGGAGAGCAGCGGCCAGUUCACGCCUCCCGCCGUCUCCAGCACCGGCUCGUCCUCGUCCUCGUCCUCCUCCACCAAUCACACGGGCCCGGCGGCGCUCAGCAGCACCUCUACCUCCAUCAGCACCGUCUCCUCCAUCUGGAGCCCGGCCAUCUCCCCCGGAAACGCCCCCGCCCCCGCCGUGGCGCCGCUGCCCGAGCCGGGGCCGCCGUCUAACGCCUCCUGCAUGCAGCGCUCCAUGUCGGGCUCGGCCGCCGCCGCCACCUCCUACCCCAUGUCCUACAACCAGACGCCGGGCUACGGCCAGGGCUACCCGGCCCCGUCCGGCUCCUACUUCAGCGGCGUGGACUGCGGCUCCUACCUGGCCCCCAUGCACUCCCAUCACCACCCCCACCAGCUCAGCCCCAUGACGGCCUCCUCCAUGUCGGGCCACCCGCACCACCACAUCAGCCAGUCGUCGGGCCACCACCACCACCACCACCACCACCAGGCCUACGGCGGCUCCGGCCUGGCCUUCAACUCCUCCGACUGCCUGGAUUACAAAGAGCAGACUGCAGCCUCCUCGUGGAAGCUCAACUUUAACGCCACAGACUGCUUGGACUACAAAGACCAGGCCUCCUGGAGGUUCCAAGUCUUGUGAUCAGGCUUUUUUUUUUUUGUUGUUGCCCUCCCUGCUCGCCUGCUCCCUCUUCUUUUGAGUCCCAGAUUAGCUUAUUGCUUGUUUUUAAAGACAAAAAGAGUUUAUGAACCGUGAGAUAGCAGCAGGAACGCUCAGCAAUCGGACUUUGUUUUAUUCUUCCUCCCCGUCCUCCUCUUCAAAAAUGAAAAUAAUGAAAAAAAAAAGGAGAGAGAGAGAGAAACAGUGCUCGAGUCCUGCCCAGAGAAACCAUCAGGAGCGUCGAAGAAAGGGUUUUAAAGUGGGAUGAUCUUUAACAGAACAGUUUUUCACAAAGAAGAAGAAGAAGAAGUCAUUUCAAGCAAACUGCUCGGACCACCAGCUGUCUGGAUGGGAGGAAUACUUUCCCUCUGCUGCCACAGGAACUGCUGCAGCUCUUUACCUCCAACCCAAUCAAAUCCUGUAUAGUUUUUAUUUCUGAAAUUUGUUAUUUUAGGAUGACAGAGAUUUUUAGUCAGCGACGCUGAGGAGCUGAAAUAUGUAAAUAUGUAUUUGGGUCAGUUACAGUGACCAUGUUUAGUUGGUGUUUUUUUUUCUUGAAUUUAAAAUUGUUUAUUACCACUUUGGGAGUUAAAAAAACAAGUAAAAAAAAAACUAUGUAAAUCUUUCCAAAUAUUCCAAAGAGAACAAAAAUUGGCCAUAAAGUUCAGCUUUUUAUAUACACUGUUUUACUCAGAAAAAAAAAAAAUGUUUUGGCAAUUUGAAAUGUCUUGAAAAUCUCUAAAUCUAAAAGUAUAGAUGCAGAACUACUCUGGCGGCUGUCCAGGGGACAUUUUGUUUUCCGAAUAUUAUUAUUCUAAUUAUUCUUCUUCUAGCCUCUACGUUUUGAACCCAGACCUCCUCUCUCGGGCAUUGUCGUGACACUGGACAUGUUUGAACCGCAGCACUUGGCUUGAUAUUGGAGUCAAAGCAUUUUAAACACUGGAGAGGAAAUGUGGAUUUUU